AUGGAUGGAUGGAAGGAAGGAAGGAAGGAAGGAGAUCAGUUAACCUAUAUCGUCGCUCGCUUCGCCGUCGACGAGCACAACAAGAAACAGAAUGCACUUCUGGAGUUUGCAUGUGUUGUGAAGGCGAGGGAGCAGGUUGUCGCUGGAACUCUGCAUCACUUGACGGUGGCGGCAGUUGAGGGAGGGGAGAAGAAGUUGUACGAGGCCAAAGUUACUGAUUGUAAUACUGAGUCAUCUGCUCACACAAUAAAUGUGCCCAAAUCUGGGAAACUGAAGGACCUUAUUCAGGUUCUAGGUGUUGCUUCUUCAUUGAGAGACGAUGAGAGUCUAUUGAUUGCUGAGGUUUAUGCUAAUUGCAUUAUCCGUAUUCUGGAUGAACCAUCAGAUUCAAUAUCCCUUAUACCAAAAGAUGCUGAAAAAUCUCUAGUUGUGAUUUUUGCACACCAAAGAUUGGAAGAGUUUGACAGAGAAAUUGACAUUGGUGUUCCUGAUGAGGUUGGCCGAUUGGAGGUUCUUCGCAUCCAUACUAAGAACAUGAAGCUAUCUGAUGAUAUUGAUUUGGAAAGGAUUGCUAAGGAUACUCAUGGCUAUGUUGGGGCUGACCUUGCUGCUUUAUGCACUGAAGCUGCUCUCCAGUGUAUCCGUGAAAAGAUGGACAUAAUCGAUCUAGAAGAUGAAUCAAUUGAUGCUGAGAUUCUCAAUUCUAUGUCUGCUACAAAGGAACACUUUAAGACUGCUUUGGGAUCUAGUAACCCAUCUGCCCUCCGUGAAACUGUUGUUGAAGUACCAAAUGUCAACUGGGAUGAUAUUGGUGGGCUGGAAAAUGUCAAGAGGGAACUGCAAGAGGUAGUUUGUUGGAUAUGUUUGAGUUUUUAUGUCCACAAAGUGUGA